AUGCCUCUUGUUGGCCAGACCAAACCUGGACCAAACCUAGAAUAUGAAGAGAGCCCAUUGAUGGAGUCCAAUACAGGUCAACCUCCCAGGGCACUAAGCAGGGUGCGGAAGGUGAAGGGAAAGCUGGUGGCAGAUGUCACCAAGCGCCUGGGUGUGAAGCACGUGGUGUUCAGCGGCCUGGAGAAUGUCAAGCGUCUGACCGGAGGGAAGUUGGUAGUUGAGCACUUUGAUAGGAAGGGAGAGGUGGAGGAGUAUUUCUGGUCCAUUGGUGUUCCCAUGACCAGCAUCCACUUGGCAGCUUACUUUGAAAACUUUCUCACUUUAUGGAAGCCCAAGAAAGCCUCUGAUGGAGAUUACUACACCGUGGCACUGCCUAUGGGGGACAUUCCCAUGGAUGGCAUCUCUGUUGCUGAUAUCGGAGCAGUCGUCUCUAGAAUUUUUGAUUCUCCAGAAGAGUUCUUAGGCAAGGCUAUGGAAUGUUUCCUAGAGAUCACCCCGGAAGCUUACGAGAAGCUGGGCUUUCCUGGAGCGGAGGAAAUGGCCAACAUGUUUCGUUUCUAUCAGAUGAAGCCAGCCCGUGAUGUCAAGCUCACCCACCGACUAAACCCCGAAGUCAAAAGCUUCAGCCAGUUUGUCUCAGAGAACAAGGAAGCCUUGAUGGGCAUUUAACUGUUCACCACAGGCACCUGACAGCUUUCUUUUUCCCUGAUUCUGGCCCUCUGUACAGCGCAUGCCCAUUUACAGACAUAUAUGUUAGAAUGCAAUAGUUUGCAACUCCAAAGGCGUCCCUGAAAUUCUCUCUUAAGUAGGACACAUGGAAAUGGUGAUGGACACAGUGAUUUGAUUCCCAUAUAACUUUCCAGCUAGUGAUAAGGAUGGUACACCUGUUAAGUGAGAAGCCCCAAACCUGGCACCUUCUGUAGCCCUGUCUCCCCAACAGCCAAGUCUUCUUCCCUAACAUGAAUGGGGGGUGGCCACUCAGCCUUCUCCUGCCUAACUCAUCCAGGGCCCUGGCACUGAACCGCUCCUUGGCAGCUCCAGAUCCCCCCACCUCCAAGUGCAUUGUCACAUUCUCAGUGAACUAAGUAAUUUUCAUUUCUUUAAAAAAAUAUAUUUUUUAUUGAUUUCAGAGAGGAAGGGAGAGGGAGAAAGAGAUAGA